AUGAAGAUCGCGCCAAGACAAGGAGAAUUUAAAAAUAAAAAAUACUAUUCAAAGUUCAAAGUCAGGAAACUCCAUUGUACUAAUUACGCGGCAGACGGCGCGCUUUCACUCUCGCCCGCGCCGCCCGCGCCGCUCGUUUUAAUUAUUUUUUUAGCGUCUCGGCGUCUGGCGGGAACUCGGAAAAAUUGUGUAGAGCUUAAAGACGAUGUGAAAAAUUUAUUAAAA